AGAUUGGGAUUUAUAAGGCGAAUGGCUCUAUCUCUGGUUGCUCCCAUUCCACACCAUCAACAACAACAACAACACCAUCAUCAAUACAGUUAUUUCGAUUUACAAUCUUUUUUGGAUCCUUAUUCAUUGGAUACUACUACUCAACCAGAGGCACAAACGCAUUCCAGUUAUACGAGUAUAACAACACAACAGCAGCAGCAGCAUCAGCGGCCUACAAAAAUCCUUUUGACAAAUUUCAACAACACCGAUUUAAUGGAGUUUAACAGUAGUAACAACGGUCUCAACUCAAAUAACAUACCGCCUACAACAACAUUGCAGAAUAACAGUCACAUUACAGCAAAUAAUUCACAGCUUUCUAAUUCAACAAAUCGGAAUUUAAUGAGUGGUUUUCAUCAUCAACAUUUUGGUGCCGAAUAUGAACCAGUUAUAACCUUCGUUGACUCUCCCCCGAAUUCCGAAGAGUCUUGGCCGGACGAUCAAUCGAAAGAUUCUCCAGGUCCACAAAUAAUUGACGUCCAGACAAUAUACUCAAAUAGUGGUGCACGUAAAAGACGAAUGGAUUGGGAUCCAUUGGAUAUUGGUCAGAGUGAAAGCACUGCUUCUACACAAACUGGCGAAUUACCAGCAAAAAUUCCAGCACAUCAAAUAUUAGAAAAGGAUAAAUAUAAAAAGGAGCGAUUAAGUAGUGGUCGUGGCACAUGGGGCGAUGAUAUUGGAUUUGAUUUAAAUGCCGAGUUCAAUAGUAACUCCUAUUUGAAUAAUGAAUCCUUUAUGAGUUUUGCAUCGGGCUUACCCACCGCCCUUAAGCAAGAACCCCAAACAGAUCAAUUGAAAAACAAUAAAAGUUCAUUGAACAUUCAUCAAGAUCCGGGUAACCUAAGUAUAUCAACAAAAAAUGAUAAGCCACCGACUACAGCAGCAACGUCCGUCAACAUUAUUGAGACAUCAUCAGCAACAGAAAAACUCAGCAAAAAUGAUUUGAUUGACAAUCACUGCAUUUUGGAUCAAACUGCUAACGAAAACAAGGCAAAUAAUCAAAAUAGCGAACAGGCACACAACACUUCUAUGACCCAUCAGCUUUUGACAGUAGUUGAUGCCAGUAAAAUAGAGCAAAUACCUACAGGACGUGACACAACAGCAACAUCGACGACUUCCAACUGCGAUGAUUACAAAUUUCAAUAUAUAUUAGGGGCUGCCACUUCAAUUGCAACUAAAAAUAAUGAAGACACACUUACCUAUUUGAAUCAGGGUCAAAGCUAUGAAAUAAAAUUAAAGAAAAUCGGUGAUUUAUCCCUGUAUAGAGAUAAAAUUUUGAAGAGCGUAAUUAAAAUAUGUUUCCACGAGCGUCGUCUACAAUAUAUGGAACGUGAGCAGAUGCAACAAUGGCAAGCAUCACGUCCCGGUGAACGUAUUAUCGAAGUUGAUUUACCAUUAUCUUAUGGUCUGUGUCACGUGUCGCAGCCUUUAAAUCCCAAUUACUUAAAUACCGUGGAAAUAUUAUGGGAUCCCAUGAAAGAGGUGGGAGUUUACAUUAAAGUCAAUUGCAUAUCGACCGAGUUUACACCGAAGAAACACGGCGGUGAAAAAGGUGUACCUUUUAGACUACAAAUCGAAACGUAUGUCGAAAGUUCAAACAAUACCAACAAUAUAAAUAUAAAUAACAAUACAACGGCAACGGGAACUAAAUCACCUUUAAGCAUACAGUCGGCAUCUUCACCUACACAUGCCGGUAAUUUAACACCUAAUAGUUCUAUGCUGAGUCUAGGUGUAGCUAAACAACCGAUCCAUGCAGCAGCCUGUCAAAUAAAGGUUUUCAAAUUAAAAGGUGCUGAUCGUAAACACAAACAAGACAGAGAAAAAAUCCAAAAACGUCCACAAUCGGAACAAGAUAAAUUCCAGCCCAGCUACGAGUGUACAAUUAUGACAGACAUACCAUUGGAUUUAAUAACGCCCACUACUACUACUAAUGCCAACACAAAUGGUUGCUUUAGUCCAGAAUACAUGAAAGUUUGGCCUAAUUCUCCUGUACAUAUGCCCAAAUAUGAUGGUAUAAUACCAUUUACUAGUGCCUCACCAAAUGCCAAUGCUAGUCCUAUAGCUAUAAAUAGUGUUUCCUCAACAAAUUCAACUAAUCUUAAAAUAAUGGAUCCAAAUAAUAUGGUCAAUACACCAACCAUGCUUACUGAUAUAGAUGAAUAUAAUUCAAUUACUAUCAUGCCUGAAUCUACACCGGCACAAGUUACACACUGGUUAACGUAUCAUCGUUUAACAUCAUACUUAUCCACGUUUGCCCAUUUUUCCGGAGCCGAUAUUAUGAGAAUGUCUAAAGAAGAUUUAAUACAAAUCUGUGGUCUUGCCGAUGGUAUACGCAUGUUUAAUAUUUUAAGAGCCAAAGUCAUAACACCACGUUUAACUAUCUACGUUAGUUUAGAUGGUAAUAAUUAUAAUGCUGUAUAUCUUAUCUCUAAUACAUCUAAGGAACUAGUACAAAAACUAUUUAAACUUCCUGGUUUUUAUGAAAUUGUUGCCAAAAGUUCGACACACAAUGGCGGCGCUUCUGCUGCUGGCGGUGUUGGUAACAACUCCAUGAUGGAAAAUUCAGCACCAUUUCAUAGCUGGGGCAUGCAUUCGAAAUAUUCGGGCAGUGGUUCGAAUAUUUUUAAUGAUGUCAAUAAUAAAAGUUUAAUUUAUGUUACCGGUCCAGCUGGUAUACAUGUCGCCAUAACCGAUGAGGUUUUAAAUAAUGAAAUUCGAGACGGCAGUUUAUAUGGUCUAGAAGUACAAAAUGGCAAAGUUAUUAUGAAAUUAAUUAAUAAAAAUGAAAAUUAGUUAGGUAGUUAUAUAAUUUAGAUGUAUAAACAUUUGCAAUAAUGCAUUUAAUUUUUUAUUUAAUUUGUUUAACAAUUUUACUCUGCAUUUCGAUAUUAUGUAAUGAAAUUAAUCUUAAAAUAUUAUUUCAUAGAUAAGGAAAUCAAAACAAAUUUGCUGUCGUUCUACAAGAAUUUCACUCAAUAAUUUUUAUUAUACUUUUUUAAUGCAAAUUAAUUUAACAUUUUGCAUUUUUUUAUAUAAAAUAGUUCUUUAGAUGUAUAUAAUUUUCUCAAAUUAUGUACAGUGUAAAUAUUUAAAACAGUUUUUUAGUUAUUGGUUUUUUUUUAGAAUUUUAAAAUUUCAAUAUAUUUUAUAAUUAAAAAUGGAAAUUUAUAUAAACUCAUUUUAAGUAGACCGUUAAUAUUCAAAUACUAAUGGAAAAUAAUGUGUAAUUAAGAAAUUUAUUGAAACAUUUCUCUUACCUCUCAUAAUAUGAAGCAUGUGCCCGAACAUUUAUAAUUUUGAGAUUCUGUUUUGCUGGAAUUAUUGAAUUAAUUUAAGUUUUAAAUGAUUGUAACAUAUACACUUUUUAUAUGUAUUCUUUAUUUUGUUUUUAUUAUAAUUAUUUCUUAUACAUAUUAUGUAGUAAUAAUGUAAUUUUUGUAAAUUAUUUUAAGUAUUAGAAAAAAAAACACAAAAAAAACAGACCCCAUUUAAAAGCACAAAGAAAAAGUCUUUUAAAAACCAUCAAACUUCAAUUUAUUAUAUGUACAGAACACGGUAUUCGAAACGUUUAACAGGACCAAUGGGUUACAAAAAUUUUCCCUAAAGUGUAAACGUUAAACAUUUUUAAAAUAAUAAAGAGAACGAAUGGUCUGCUAAAUGUU